AUGGUUUUGGGGAGGGAUGUUCCUUACCCUGUGAAAGACAUAGAACUAUCUGAAAGAUUAAUGAAGAGAAAUUCCUCCGUUCAGGAAUCAUCUGGUAGUGGAGAAGGAGUUGAUAAACAGAUAUCAGCACCACAAGGAGAAAAACGGCGACCUAAUAGGAUACGCCGCAAAUCAUUUUCUUUCCCAGAACCAAACAUGGUUUUGGGAAGGGAUGUUCGUUACUCUCUAAAAGACAUAGAACUAUCUGAAAGAUUAAAGAAGAGAAAUUCCUCCGUUGACCUUUCGAACUAUCUCAUCCAUGGAGCUAAAAAGAACGACACAAUUUCGAUAUAUCAAAACAGAAUUAGAGGAGAGAAUGAAAGCAUGGUUAAAGAUAUUCUGGCAGAUCUCAUUAGAAACCUAAAUUUUGCUGGUGACACUCCUGAAGAUCUCGAAGAUAUAGAUGUAUCUGCCAGAAUAGGUACACUGCAUCCUAAAAAAGCUAAGAAACCCUCCAAGAUGCGAAGGAUCGGAGCAGCCUUACGUCGUGUUGGUCGCAGUUUAAUUUGCCCCUUCACAUCUUGUCUUAAAUCAUCUUAA